AUGAAAGACUACGAUUUGAAACUACCCACAAGGAAUGUGCUCACGGGCGCCAUUGUGAACUGGGAUGAUGAUGAGAUGGGCACAAUGGGAGACGCGCCGGAGAACCUCACCCUCGCGUGGAAGGACCUCUCCGUGUACAGGAAGAAGAAGACACAGACCAGCAUCUGGAGGUCAGCUACGUAUGAAGAGGUCAAAGUGUUGCAUGGAGUAAGCGGCAUCGUGUCUUCCGGGAACCUCGUGGCGCUUAUGGGCUCAAGUGGGGCCGGUAAAACAACGCUACUGGCAGCGAUCAGCCGCCGAGACAAGAGUGCCAUGACAGGCUACCUCAUGCUGAACGGGAGGCUGGCGGGGGCUGACCUCAUCGCUCGCAUCUCAGGGUUCGUGCCGCAGGAGGAUCUGGCGAUCGAGGACUUGACUGUCGCUGAGCAUAUGAGUUUUAUGGCCCGACUAAUGAUGGACAAGCGAUCAAGUAAAAUAGUCAGGACUAAGAGAAUACAGCAGCUACUGGGAGAGCUUGGCGUCAUGAACUGCACGAAAACGAAACUAAAGGCACUGUCAGGAGGCGAGAGGAAGCGAGUGGCGUUGGCUGUCCAGCUCCUCAACGACCCUCCCAUCCUAUUCUGUGAUGAGCCCACCACGGGCUUAGACAGUUGGGCAGCGAGUGCCGUGGUGUCUCGUCUGCGAAGACUGGCCAUUGGCGGGAAGCUGGUCAUCUGCUCGGUCCACCAGCCGGCCUCGGGAGUCUUCGAGCAGUUUCACCAGAUAGUGUUCCUGGCUAAUGGACGGACGGCCUUCCAUGGAACGAUUGAACAGGCUGACCAGUUCUUUGCUUCGUUGAACUACAAGUGUCCAGUAGGGUUCAACGCGGCGGAAUAUUACGUUUCUUUACUGGGCAUCAAGGUGGGAAAGGAGAUGGAGAGUAGAGACAGGAUCAGACGCAUCUGUGACGAGUACCAACGCUCAGAGAUCGCGUCCGACAUCGACAGCAGAGUCGGAGAGGUUCAGGACGAGACGGAGUACUUUAACGGCACCUUGGAUCAUAAGAAUGAAUACUUCGAGAAAUAUUUAACUCUAGUCAAAGUGAAUUAUUUCGUACAGUUCUACUGGUUAUUUUGGAGAAACAUUCAACAAAUGAAGCACAGCAGCUCUAUAUUAAUAGCAGAAUUCUUAUUAUUUAUGUUCGUGGGACUCAUAAUCUCUAUACCAUACAUCGGCCGUUUCCAAGAGCUGGACCAGCGCGACAUCCAAAACGUGGAGGGUUUGCUGUACCUCACCAUCACGGAGACCAUUUUCCUGUUCAUCUACGCGGUGUUCAUCACGUUUCCAAACGAAGUGCCCAUACUCCUGCGAGAGACUGCAAGUGGACUGUAUGCUCCGCUACCUUACUAUCUCUCGAAGAUGAUAUUUUGGAUACCUCGGGCAAUAAUAGAGCCAGUUUUGUUCGCGUCACUCAUAUUCUUGUCUGUCGGCCUUCGGGGCGGAUUCGUCGGAUGGCUCGGUUUUAGCUUCGUGUGCGUAUUGUGCGCGAACUAUGCUAAUGCUUACGGAUCAUUCCUAUCAGCCGUGUUCGACAGAAUGGAAACAGCAGCGUUAGUAGCGGUACCAUUCGACCUGAUCGGCACCAUGUUCUCAGGUCUUUACCUAAACUUGGCCAGCGUCUCGCCAUAUUUCUCUUGGCUGCGUUUCGUGUCAGGAUUUUACUACGGCGUCGAAUCGAUAUCGAUUCUCCAGUGGGACUCGAUCGAGUCUAUCGACUGCGUGGCGAUUAAGGGCAUGCCCUGCAUCCGUACGGGACCCGAUGUCCUCAAACGUUACGGGUUUGCUGAAGAACACUUCUGGAGGAACUGCAGUUGCCUUGCUAUCAUGUAUUUUGUCGCCCACAUCGUCGCUUUUAUCAUGGUUGUGAAGAGAAGUAGAGGCGCUCCUGUGUACUAAAGGUUGCUUGGGGAGUUAGUUGCUUCAGAAUUAAACUUUAGUUUCUUGAAGAUGGUAGACAAGGAAGUAAGUUACCUUAUGGUCCCAUAAAUACCUCAAUGCUAGAAGAAUUCUCCUACAAGUGUUAUGAAAACGCAAUCAGAACCUUUGAUUCUAUUCGACCUUAAAGCCUAGCUUUUCAUACUUCUAGUUACAUUCCUUUUUAGCAAAGUAACAAAUUUAUUUUAAGUUCCAUAGUUAAGACAGGGUAAAUGAUUAAUCACGUAUACGUAAUGUAAGUUAAAUGUUUGUGUGCCUCGCAUUGCGUUAAAUAAUACUCAUAUUUCUGAGAUAAUGUAUUUUUCUAUGUGUUUUAGGUAAAAAUAAAAUGUUUAAUGUGAGCUAUUUGUGUCGUUUUCAUCAUCAACAAAUAAAAAAUAAAUAAUUGGCAAAAUUUAUGUAAUUUAAGAGUAGUAAAUAAAAAUAAAAUGUCUACUUAGUACUUACCUACGGGAAAUCCUUGUCCCUAAUCCUAUCCUUUUUUUACAGUUGUCUUAAAAGGAAAUUUAAAUUGUGUGAAAUUAUAAUCAUUUUAAUUAUAGCUAUUACAAAAAAAAAUCGGUAUGAUUAAAAAUAGAUUAAAACCUUUUUUCAGGUCAAGUUUUUGAAUACAUACAAUUUUAAGAUUAAUAGUUGGUCUUACUACUCCAAGUGUAAACAAACUUUUACAGAGUGUUACGUAUAGAAAAGAUUUUUACUUCAAUAAAUGAUUUCUGAAAGCGUGAUAAAUCACAAUUUCCUUAUUUUAAUUUUCGCGUUGUGGUAUUAUUUGAAAAUAAAUGAAGUAUUCUAUGUUAUCUAAUUUCGAAAGAAGAUUUUUUUCUGUUUGUAAUAAUAUAAACUACCUGUAGUAUCUUGUACAUACACUAAUAGGUUUUAGUUCAAGUAUUACAUUAACAACCUUAUUCCUUUAGAAUUAAGGCCAAGUGCAGAUUUCUAAAGGUGCGAUAAAUCAAAAUUCAUUUCUUUUAAAUAAUAGCAUUAUUUGAAAUUUAAUCAAGUAUACUAUCUUACCUAAUUUGAAAGAGGAUUUCUUUUUUGUUUGUAAUAAAAUUAACGAACUGGAGUAUCUUGUACAUACACUAAUACAUUUUAAUAAGUACCUAUGACAUUAACAUACUUUAGAAUUAAAGCCAAGUGCAAACCAUUUCAACAAAUAAAAUGUACCAAACUUUA